GCACUGCGCCGGGUCAACACCGCUACUGCGAACUUCCAGGGGCCGGGUUCUUCCCGGGCCGUCUUCCUGGCGCCCGGUAAGUCCCGCAGUAAAUGGGCAGCUCGGAACUUGUGACCCCGCGUGGCGCUGUGCCGACCUUGUCCUCUUACUUCCCUCCUCUCUGGUUUCCCUGGGAAGGGACUGAAACGCAGAUUACAUUUGCAAUAGGAAAGGGAAAUACCGAGAUUUUCCCAGUUUACAGUCCUCUCUACAGGAUGUCGAGAACAUAACAGUUUGUGAUUAUUAAUUUGAUUUCUACAAAUACCACACAACGCCUUCUGCGCAAAUUCCCCAACGAAAUAGACCCACCCUCCGCUGUGUCGACUACGUGUAGCGCAUGCGCCAGCCCGCGCAGGGGCAUCUGGGAGGUGGUGAAAGGACCAGCGGGCGUCCUGGCCGCCUUGCACUGUGGGAAAUGUAGUUCUCAUGCCUUCCCCUCUACAGCUAUGCCGUGAGGCGUGAGCGCCUCAAACUACGAUACCCAGGAGCCCUAAGGGUUUUCAGGUUGCUGUGCACACCAUGGCGGGCAGAGUGUGAAUGUCCCCCUGGAAGGUGAGCAAAGCUCUUUAAUCCGAGUGAAAACGGGACCGUAAAGAAAAGGAGGUGCUAUCAACGUCUUUUGGGAGACUUUUCGUCUUAAUUUACGCUGCUGGAGCUAACGUAUUUUGCCGGACACGCCGUGCAGGAUUGCCGUUGUGAACGUGUAGAACUCAGGGUGUGUAGCGGGUGGCGAAACUUCUCAGUCGUGGUUGGCAUCUCCCCUGGGGGGAGCGGUUUUCUGGGAACAUGCUUUGUACUUUACUGCGAGCUGUACAAUAUACAGAGAAGCUGCACAGGUCCUCGGGGAAACGGUUGUUUUUGCCACACCUCGUGCUCAGUAAAGCUUGCUUGAAGACAAAGCCCAGUUUGAGAUGGGGGCUGCCGGGCCAGGAGAAAACAGUGCGCCCUGGACGUGUGCUUGGAGCCCCCCAGAAGACCCUCUGGACGCAGGGACAGAGCCCCCGGGGAGCAGAGGAAGACAGCAGCAAGCAAGUGUCUGUGCGCAGUCAGAGAGGGGAGCCCGCCAUCCCAACGGCACAGAAAGUGAAAGAAGCUGGAAGAGAUUUUACCUACUUAAUAGUGGUGCUUAUUGGAAUCAGCAUUACAGGUGGCUUGUUUUACACGAUUUUCAGAGAACUUUUCUCUUCAACCAGUCCUAAUAAGAUAUAUGGCAAAGCCUUAGAAAAAUGCCGAUCGCAUCCAGAGGUUGUAAGUGUCUUUGGGGAGCCUGUUAAAGGCUAUGGUGAGAUGACAAGACGUGGCCGGAGGCAGCAUGUCAGUUUUAUUCAAUAUGUAAAAGAUGGGCUGAAACACAUGCGUGUGAAAUUCUACAUCGAGGGCUCGGAGCCUGGGAAGCAGGGAACAGUGCAUCUGGAAGUGAAAGAGAACCCAGGAAGUGGCGAAUACGAAUUCCGGUAUAUCUUUGUGGAACUUGAGUCCUACCCUAGAAGAACUAUUGUCAUCGAAGAUAAUCGAUCUGAAAGUAAUUAGAAGAGAGCUCCACCCAGUGCUGCAAGGCUGCAGGAGAGCAGAGCAGAGGCUGGCGUGGUGGCAGU